AUGGAAAAUGAAAAAAAAAAUAACCAAAAACAAAACAGCGUUGAUGAAAACGAAUUUCCAAACUCGAAAGUUUUACUAGUGUCAGUAAAAAGAACGAGGAGAUUUCUGGAGAGAACAGCAAGGGAAUUACUAGCAGGAGGAACAAGGUACAUUAUCCUCAGUGGUUUAGGUGAUGCUUUACCAUUAUGUGUCCAACUACAAUCGUCUCUUCAGUCAAAAAAUGCAGCCGUUGUUGUCAAAAUUGAAACGUCCUAUAGUUACUUUAACUCGAAUUAUUCCUAUACACCCGGCUUAAAAAUUUAUAUGGAAAAGCACCCAGAUUUUAAAGGCUCCAGAAUAUCACCAGGUUAUGUCAGCUUCCAUGACAAGACUGAUGGAUUUACUCCCAUUUUUGAUGAAAACCCUAAUGAAUAUAUUUGCUCCGUGAAUGCGGGAGAUAGUAAAUUAUAUGUAGGAGGGGAAGGUAUCAACGGAGCCUUUGCCGAUCUGUUGUCUUCGCAGAACCAGGAGGUUGAUAAGUAUGAGGAAUUGUUCAAGGAUCUCCUAAACAAAGCUGUAAAAGAGCAUGGCGAAAAAACCGAUGAGGAAAUCAAAUCGGUAAUAAACGAUAACCUGGACAAAAAAUACCCAGAUGUAAAACUAGCCCUCUGUAGAAUCCGAAGCAGCUUAAAGAAAGGUAACGACUUCACCACGGGGUCUGUCUUCAUCGUGACAUUUAAAAAGAACUUCCCACAUAAGAAAGAGAAGAACAUGGGUAUGGUAUAUGUCGUUGGACCUAAAGGAAAGAACUACAGCUCGGUCGAAGAAUUUCUAGAGGCGGUUCAUGAAACGGCAGAAAAUUUAAUGACGGCUCUAUGUGAUUACAACGGUUUGGUUAAACGUGAAGAAAUCAAACACGUAAGAAUGAACACGUGUAGAAUCUGCUUAUUUUCCGGAAGCAAAUACAAGCACUCCAAUGCUUCCAAGCUAGAUGUGGCGAAGGCUAUCUUAAACGGGUUGGCCGUUGGAUACAGACACGGACCAUCCCCCAGACUGAACUUCACCUAUGACGAAAACGUGUUUAAGGAUGCUUGGAUAGAGACCACGGGGCUGCAGGUUUUUACCCACAACGACAAGGAAUAG